AUGCGUGAAUGCAUAUCCAUACAUGGUGGACAAGCGGGAGUUCAAAUAGGAAACGCUUGCUGGGAAUUAUAUUGCCUGGAACAUGGAAUUCAACCGGAUGGCCAGAUGCCCUCGGACAAGACGGUCGGCGGAGGAGAUGAUUCCUUUAACACAUUCUUUAGCGAGACCGGAGCUGGUAAACAUGUCCCAAGAGCAGUUUUUAUAGAUCUAGAACCGACUGUGGUCGACGAAGUGCGAACUGGGACAUACCGACAGCUCUUCCACCCAGAACAGCUGAUCACCGGUAAAGAAGACGCCGCCAAUAACUACGCUAGAGGCCAUUACACGAUCGGUAAAGAAAUAGUAGACUUAGUUUUGGAUAGAGUACGAAAAUUGGCUGACCAAUGUACGGGGCUUCAAGGUUUUCUCAUUUUUCAUUCCUUUGGAGGCGGCACUGGCUCUGGCUUUGCUUCCCUUCUCAUGGAGCGCUUGUCUGUAGACUACGGAAAGAAAUCGAAACUGGAAUUUGCUAUUUACCCGGCCCCCCAGAUAUCAACUGCAGUAGUAGAACCAUAUAAUUCCAUAUUAACUACUCACACGACUCUAGAGCAUUCGGAUGCCGCGUUUAUGGUAGACAAUGAAGCUAUUUACGAUAUCUGCAGAAGAAAUUUGGACAUUGAAAGACCGACGUAUACUAAUUUGAAUCGUUUGAUUGGACAAAUCGUAUCAUCUAUUACGGCUUCUUUAAGAUUUGACGGCGCGCUGAACGUGGAUUUGACUGAAUUUCAAACCAAUCUAGUGCCUUAUCCCCGCAUUCACUUCCCUUUAGUCACUUAUGCCCCUGUAAUAUCCGCGGAAAAAGCUUAUCACGAACAGCUGUCGGUAGCUGAGAUUACGAAUGCCUGUUUCGAGCCGGCUAAUCAGAUGGUGAAGUGCGACCCCAGACAUGGAAAGUACAUGGCCUGCUGCAUGCUGUACCGAGGGGACGUUGUUCCUAAGGACGUGAAUGCUGCGAUUGGAACAAUAAAAACUAAGCGAACCAUACAAUUUGUCGACUGGUGUCCCACUGGGUUCAAAGUUGGAAUCAAUUAUCAGCCGCCGACAGUUGUGCCUGGCGGUGAUCUGGCUAAAGUCCAACGGGCCGUGUGUAUGUUGUCCAACACAACUGCUAUCGCCGAAGCCUGGUCCCGGUUGAACCAUAAAUUUGACUUAAUGUAUGCUAAAAGAGCUUUUGUUCAUUGGUACGUCGGUGAGGGAAUGGAGGAAGGAGAGUUCUCGGAGGCUCGCGAAGAUUUAGCUGCCUUAGAAAAGGAUUACGAAGAAGUCGGAAUGGACUCUGGUGAGGGCGAAGGUGAAGGCGGCGAAGAGUACUAA